GUCACAAUUAAAUCGCUUAACUUUCCUUCACUCUCCUCAAAAGAAUUCAAGACGUCCAGCUAUACACGAGAAAUAUGGGUUGCACCAACACCCUGCGUAUCUCUUCUUCUCUCCACGAAGCCGCGCUUGCCGUGUUCAAGAUCACCGAAUCCAACAGCCGGAUCCAGCAACUUCAGCUCGACCAGGCACUGGCUAUCAGACAAGUCGUCGAAUCAUUCGAUGAAACCGUUGACGAGUUUGAGGUGUUGACGAUUCACCUUGGCAGUGUAACCGCCACGAAGUCGUACUUCUAUCAGGUCCAGCAGCAUGUUCGCUCAGUCCGCCGACUGCAAAAUGAGCUCAGAAACACUCUCGCAUCCAUCACCGAAGCCGACAGCAAAUUUGGUCAAGAAAUCCGGUCCAACUAUGCCCAAUUCCUCAGUCAUAUUUCUGGCUACAGUGGCGAUGACACUCAAGCCCUAGCAUCGCUCAGCACCAUUACCGGAAAAUUCGACGGACUCAACUUGCAACAACAUCAAAGACUUGCAACCAUGCGCGAUCAGCUCGAUAGCUACAUCCUCGUCUUGGGCAAGAUGGCGGCCUUGAAACACGGGUUGGAGGAACAGGGGCUGAUCUGACAGACAUUGAUUGAGUGUGGAGCUUCGUCAUCGCUCGGCAUUGUCCAUAAAGGCCCCGUUGUGAAUGAUUGGGAUGUGCCUUGUAUGUAUUAGGAAAGUAGGACGGAAGACUCACCCAACCCUUCGACAAUACGAGAAGAUCGUUUAGUUUUUUCGAACCAAGUAAUC